CUCGCAAAAGACUUGUUGCACCCAUCCCCUGAGGAGGAGAAGAGGAGCCACAAGAAGAAGCGUCUUGUCCAGAGCCCGAACUCCUACUUCAUGGAUGUUAAGUGUCCAGGUAGGUCCUCUCUGUUUCCUUCAUUGGAUUUAUGAGUUUGAAUGGGCCGCCUUGUCUGUUUUUCUGAAUUCAGUAGCUUAAUGAGUCGAAUACUUACGACGGUGUAUUUAUUACGAAGCAUAUGUGCCGAAAUGAGGAGGAACCUAGCAGUAUUUGUCCAUUUAAGAUGAGCUUGUUUUCGUAGUUAUUUUGGUAUUUUCCUUUUGUUACUGUGUGCUCUAGUGAAUACACCUCAGGCACUAAUGACGCUGGUCUCAGAUGAUGCAGUGUGGCAUGUAAUUGUACUACAUGUGUGCAGGGCUCAACUGCGACCAAAACACUGGCAUUUGCGACCCUUUGACUUGGUAGUGCGACACCAAUUUUUUUGUGAGCGCUAGUGUGCCAGGGGAAAAAAUGUAUCUGGUCACGUUAGUUGUUGGUUCAUAGUUGGCUAAAAAAAUAGGGAUUAUCAAGAUAUAUUCAAUCAGCAAUGGGUAUGCAGACCAGGUAUUCAAAAAAGAGUGAUCUGUAGUCUUGGUUUAAUCUAUGCGAUGCACAAUUGUCGCCAUGCGCUGUUUGGACGAAUUUUUUUAUAAAGGCUUUCCCAAAACCCCUCCCCCUCCAAACAAUCAGUGUUAAUGUAUUGUCAAGUUAAAAUGUAAUUAUUUGUGAAUGAGGGUAGGUCAUUAUAGGCUAUUUGCUCAGCCUGCAAAUUUAAAGAUAACAUUUAAAUGAUACGCACAUCAUCUGUCAGUAUUAUUUUCAUUCGGGCCAGUAGCUUUCAGUUACCACUGGUCUGGUGUGCCGCUGGCAAACUGACUUGAAUGUCAAGCCCUGCAAGGGCAUGCUAAUUCAAGUCAUUAUUAGCCUGGUUCUGUAUGGAACACAGGUCAGGUCACUAUGCAUAAAAAAAAUUGGUGCGACCAAAUCAUGUGCUGGUGCCAUCAACUGAAAGUUUAUAGCAACAGUGCCACCAGUGGAAAAAGUUGGUCUAGAGUAGGGCUGUUGCGGUGACCGUAUUACUUGCACACCAGCAGUCACGAGUCAUGAAGGCAGUCAAAUUCCACGUGAACGUUUAGUCACGAUAAUUAGGCUUCUCCAAGCUCUGAUGCUGAUGGUCAUUAGUAGCCUACCAAACUUGCUAACUGCCUGGUACUCCGCACUCUAUUGUCCCUCUAAUCACUCUGACAUCAAUGCAAAUGUAAUCGAAAAUCUAAUCAAACACUUCAUGAGAGCUCAUGUUGUGCAACAUUUCUAUAGCCUAUGCAAUAGCGAGAGAAAACAGAGUGAUGGCCUCUAUUAAAAAGAGGAGGAUCUCAUCAGCUUUCCGUCGGCUAGGCCUACUAUAUUUCUCAACUUUCCUAAUAUUAAGCACAUUGCCUAUCUUUACAACAGGAGUAUAGCCUACCUGGCUGGCAUGAAAAUGAACCACGGGAUUUGCAAUUUAAGUGCAUAUUUUUUCCCCCUGCCCCUGUUUCGAGGCAGGCGCAUGAUAAUGGUCCAUUCUAAAUCAAAACAAAUGUCACAUAGUAUAUGUAAAGACAAGAUUAAAUCAAGAAUAGUCUGAUGGUAGGCUAUCACUUGUGAAUUAUAUAUUGUCACUUGUGAAUGAUGCCCAGCGUAAGGCAAGAAACAAUACCUUUGAGACUUUUUCGAAUCAUAGUCGCACACCUCAUGUAGCCUAGCCCAUAGGCCUAUAUGUUUUGAUAAGGUUUGUAUCACAACUAAAGUGACCAAAUAACUUCUUAAAAUUAAGCACAUGAAUCCGCUUUACAAGGGGUGUAGAGCCUAACUGGUAUUAGGGGUGGGCGAUAUGAUUUUUUUUUUUAUAUCACAAUAUUUUCCGCUGUUCAGACGAUAACGAUAUAAUAUCACGAUAUACUGUACAUUUAAAAAAACUAGCAUUUUAUGAGCCCUUCAAAGUUAAUAAAUGACCAAAUAUUGCUUUUAACCUUAUAGAAACAGAAAGGGAGCAUUGCAGUAUAUUGUGACAGUUCCAAACGACAGAGGCGGCCCCCUUUUUUCUAACAAUUCUUCGUCGUCCUACAAAUCAACCUCAAUAGCAUUAUUUUCCUUGUCUUCAGUCAUCCUCAAUGCUUGCUUACACUUUUGCUAACGAAAGGAGUUUACUUCACUAAAUGUUCGCUUACUUUGCAGUUGCGCAUGCUUGUUUGUUGACUUUGAUUGGCAGGCAGAUUGCGUGUUACGUCCAUGCUUCUAGUUUUUUUCUUUGCUAAAAAAAGGCUGUUUUUAGUAAAAUAAGCAAUUUGAACUACAUUUACGUCAUUGCUAAAUGGCAUAUUAUAUUAUUAUUUAGCAGACGCUCUUAUCCAGAGUGACUUACAGUUAGUGAGAGCAUACAUUAUUAUUAUUAUAUAUUUAUUUAUUUUUCAUGCCCCCCGUGGGAAUCGAACCCACAACCCUGGCGUUGCAAACGCCAUGCUCUACCAACUGAGCUACAUCCCUGCCGGCCAUUCCCUCCCCUACCCUAGACGACGCUGGGCCAAUUGUGCGCCGCCCCAUGGGUCACUGUUGCUAACUCUGGAGCUCGGUCAGAGUGACCAUCGGGUCCUUGGUCACCUCCCUGACCAAGGACUUUCUCCCCAGAUUUCUCAGUUUGGCCGUGCUGCCAGCUCUAGGAAGAGUCUUGGUGGUUCCAAACGUCUUCCAUUCAACUGUUGGACGUUAUAUAGACAGGUGUGUGCCUUUCCAAAUCAUAUCCAAUCAAUUGAAUAUACCACAGGUGGACUGCAAUGAAGUUGUAGAAACAUUUCAAGGAUGAUAAAUGGAAACAGGAUUCACCUGAGCUCAAUUUUGAGUCUCAUAGCAAAGGGUCUGAAUACUUAUGUAAAUAAGGUAUUUCUGUUUUCAUUUGUAAUAAAUUAGCAAAGAUUUCUAAACCUGUUUUCGCUUUGUCAUUAUGGGGUAUUGUGUGUAGAUUAAGGAGGAAAAACAUUUAUUUAAUCCAUUUUAGAACAAGGCUGUUCUAUUUUAUUCAGCUUUGUUCCAUUGUAUUCUUCAUACUAUAAAAUACUAUAAAAUAAUGCCACGGAAUUCUAACCAAAUCUUGUCUGCUAAAUGAACUAGUGUAGCCCACAGCCAUAUGGCAUAGCCAGAUCGGACCGAACAUAAGGACAACUCCGAGUAUGCUAUUAUGUUCUUUUGAAAUAGGCUAAAAUAAAUAAUGGAUUUAUUGUGAAGGUUUAUGCAAUAUUACAUGGACUUUUUAAAAUGUAGAUGUUCCAAAGGUCUGCAUCAGUGGGUUGUCGGCUAUGUGUGGAAGCCAGGAGAUGCUAAAUGUGUUUACGUUUAUUAAUGGUCAAUUACCAUGAGACCGAAAGUUAUUUGCUUGACAAUCAUCGGCUGACGAAAUUUCGUGACCGCCACAGCCCUAGUCUAGAGCCCCGGUGUGUGUUAAUGAUUGUAUUUUUGUUUCCCUCAGGAUGCUACAAGAUCACAACGGUGUUCAGCCACGCCCAGACGGUCGUGCUGUGUGUGGGUUGCUCCACAGUUCUGUGUCAGCCCACUGGAGGCAAAGCACGUCUCACAGAGG